AUGGAGAUCAUUACAGAUUUAAAUGACUGUGCUGGCGAUGAGUUAAUAAGAAAAUACAAAGAAAGUCUUCAAAGCAAAAUCGUAGAGCUGCAAAAUGCUGUGGACAACAAUGACAAAAAAGUCGUAGAGAUAACUGAGAAGUACAUGAACGAGAUAAACCUGAGAAAAAAUGCCGAGGCAACGGCGGAGGAUACCAAUUCCAAGAUGGAGGAGUUACAGAAUGCUCUGAAUUCCUUUCAACAGAGAACAAGUGCGUUAGAAAAGGAAAUGGAAGCUUACAAAUUAGCAUUGCAGGAAAGAGAUUUGCAGUCUUCCAACGGUUCCCUUGGUGAGGAAUUUAGUGUGGAAGGCGAUGAAGCGCAGCAGGAACAGGUAUUGCAGUUUUCACAAAGCUCUCUUAAUGAAGAAAUCUUUGAAGAAAUGGUUGAUGCUGAGCAUGAAGAAGCGUCGCGACAAGAUGAACUCCGUGAAAAAUUCAUUGAACAAAUGAAUAGAGCAGUGCACGAACAAGCCCUAGAGCUAUCCAAGUGUUCAUUAAGUGAUGCCCUCCUCAAUCAACUGGAAGAUCCAAAGAACAUUAGGGAAUGCGAAAUCUCCUUGUCUUUGGCGGUUCUCUCUGAAAAACUCACACAAGAGCGGCAAAACUCCUUCAUCCUUGAGGACAAAGUAGCCGAGCUCGAAAAAAGUUUUCACGAACUGUGUGAAUUGAAAGAAAGCAUAGUAGAAGAAGCCGAAAAUCACGAAGAAUGGCUAAAAGCAAUGCUCACUAAAGAGAGAGAGCAAAAUGAGAAGCUCAGUAACGAGAGUGAUAGAAGGAUAGAUGAGCUGCAGGAAAAGCUAAAAGACGCCCUCGAAAUAAACUCACAGUUGAUGAAAUGGAAAGAUGGAGUUUGUUAUUCUUCUAGCUUCCACGAAGAGACAGAACAGAGAUACAAGGAGAUUAUUGCGCAAUAUGAAAUUGAGCUUGAAGAAGCAAAAAGAGGGUUAUCUGAUAUUCGUAAUGAGUUGCUUGCUCUGCGCAGUGAACAAAAGCGCAGACUGGAGGAAGAACGAGAGAACGAAAUCUUUACUUCUACGCCUCAGAAACACAAACCACCACCAUUAGGAUGUGAAGUUUCUUUAAACGAAGAAAUUCGUCACGAAGAAGAAGAAGAAGAAGAAGAAGAAGAAGAAGAAGAAGAGAACGAAAUCUUUACUUCUACGUCUCAGAAACACAAACCACCACCAUUAGGAUGUGAACUUUCUUUAAGCGAAGAAAUUCUUAUGAAGCUUAAGUAUGGAAAUCAAAAAUAUCGAGUCAAGCUAGCGAAGUUGAUAUGGAAUGGAAUGGAGAAUCUGUUAAAUUUGUGA